AUGGAGCAUGCAGAGGGUGUUGGGUCCAAGAAAGGGGGUGGGGGUAUAGCAUCUGAAUCUCAGUUUAAAUUACAACGUAAAAAAGAAGUUGAAUCUUUGCUCAGUAAGGGUGAAGAAGUACCAUACACUUUCCAAGAUGAACAAGACGAUCAGGUGAGAAGCAAUCCGUACAUUUACAAGAACCAUUCCGGUAAGUUGGUCUGUAAAUUAUGCAAUACAAUGCAUAUGUCGUGGUCCAGUGUCGAAAGACAUCUGGGUGGUAAGAAACAUGGGCUAAAUGUGCUAAGGCGUGGUAUUAGCAUAGAGAAAACUUCCCAAGGAAGAAAUGGACAAGCAGCCCAAGAUUUCCAGCACCAACAAAAAAUAAUUGAAGCAAAGCAAUCAUUAAAAAAUAACGGCAUAGUCCCUGCGUCUAAAGUUGCAGCUGUGAAGGACCCAAAGACCGGAUUAGUGGGUUUGGCUAUUCAAGUAAACUACAACAUCAACGACAAGGAAUAUGACGCUAGCCGAAGCGAUAAACUCGGAAUACCACCUCUCAUCAGGAUAGUAUCUGGGUUAGAAUUAUCGGAUCCAAAGCAAAAGGGCAAGAAGUUCUUAAUCAUUGCAUAUGAACCCUUUGAAAACAUCGCCAUCGAACUACCGCCAAAUGAGAUUACAUUCGGAGAAGAUCAGGAAAUAGAGGCCAAUAUGGAGGGAGUAGAUGAGCUGAAUAGAAAAUGUACUGUUUGGGAUUCAAUUUCAAGACUUUACUACAUUCAAUUUUUCUUCAAACAGGCCGAGGAAGAUCAAGUUGCUGCUUGA